GAAUCCGGCUCCAGCUCACCUACAACCGUGAGAUCGGCAACAGAAGAGCUUGCGACAUCGAGUUAUUCUAAUCGAGCGGAUUUUCAACUUAGCUAUUAACAUUGGACUAUCGAUAAAAUUAAACUAAACCUCACCGAUUUCACCUGUCUUUUGAUUCGAGUCGCGCGUCAACCCUCAACGAACACUAUAGACCGCUAACUUCGGAGCUUUCGUGAACCUGUGAACCCUGUGAACCUGAAAACUAAGCUGAAGCUUCCAGUGGGAUUUGAUUUUAUCGACAUGACUGAACAGAAGAUGCCGGUAAUCUUGAGCAUGCUCGCGUGCCUGAUCAUGAUGGUGACAUUUAGUCCAAUUCUCGUCUUCGGCGAACCCGAUCCUAUGGCUCGACCCACCAGACCUAAAGUUUUUACCAGUGCUGAUGAGUUGCGACGAUACCUCGACCACGUAAAGGACUACUAUUCUUUAAGUGGAAAGGCUAGGUAUGGUAAGCGCACACCGAGUCUUUCGAUCACUGAGAACCCGUGGGAACUGGUUCGAAUACCUCCAGCACAAUCUACUCUCCUUGCUCUCCGGCAACAGCAACUGGAUCAACUCCAUCAAAUUGAAAAUCCUCUGAGGCAUCAAUUGCAAAGGGAGAUACAGAAUCAGCAGGAAGAGCAAGAGGAAUUAAGACAAUUUGGACAGGGUGGACAGCGCGAACCAUCAUAUUUAUAUGAAGCGAUGGCCAAGUACUACGAUGAAAUGCAAUAGUGACUCUAGGACGAAAUGAGCUGUUGUUCGACAGUUUGAGCAACCGGCUAAAUUCUUUCACCCACCGAGACUAAAUAGUCGAUACUGUAAUUCCAUACGUCUGUGUUGACGGUGAUCUCUUGAUUUACGUCCCUAACACUCUGAUCCUAACUAUACUCUUCCGCAAAAAAAAAAAAAAAAAAAAUUAAUGAAAAUUCAUCUCACUUUCUCUAUACGUUAUACAGACACUGUCACGUUGUAUUCUAUGUUAAGGUAAUAAAUGUAUUAUAUACUUCCCGAAAGAAGAUGUGUAAUAAAUGAGAUGAACAUCC